AAUUCAUGCUGCGUGUCGCGUUUCGUGGAUUGACUUUUGUUUCGAUGCAUUCGAGGUGUUCGUCUUCUCUGCUGCUUCAGGGUUACCUCCUUCAGCUGCCCGAGGGAGUGAGGCGUGUGUCGUCACGUACUACUCGCUGAUUCGGAAGUUGUGCUAUUGAGGAAGGAGGAAGACCAAAUAAGCCAGUGUUCCAGGGUUUGCCACUGAAAGGGAUGAAGAACGACUUGGUGGUGGUACAGAGGUGCGCCCGUUGGCACCAUGGCUGUGUCUCCUGCCGGGGAUGAGGCUUACACCCGGUGGGAAGACAAAACAGUAGCAGAUGGCCACACUCGCAUUCAUUCACCAUUUGUGUUGCUAACAUAUACAGCCUCAGCCUGAAGUGUGGGACCAGACAGCAUUUAGUGAACCAUAAAGUUGUGACAUCCACAAUACAAGAGUUCAGCUGUUCCCACUGCACAAUGCUGUGGCGUCCAAGAACUUCAAACAUGUGCGGGACCUUGUUGAUGACGGACACGACAUCAACGAACAGCACUACGACCGCGUGACGCCACUGCACAUGGCCUGCCUCACUGGGGAUCAGCACAUCACCCGCUUCCUGCUGGAGCACGGUGCCUGGGUCAAUGCCCAAAGCAUAGACAACAGUACCCCACUGUGUGAUGCGUGUGCUGGAGGCAGCGUGGACUGUGUGAAACUGCUGCUGACCAGUGGGGCACUGGUCAACCCUCCCCUGCUGCCUGCCACACCCCUUCACGAGGCAGCACUCAGAGGUUACACAGACAUCGUGGCACUCCUUGUGACGGCAGGGGCUGACCUCAACGUUAACGACCUCCACUACGGCACACCACUCCAUGCUGCAUGCUCCAUGCAGGCGCCCUCAGCAGAAUGCAUAAAGUUUCUACUAAGAGCAGGUGCCAGUGUGAAUGCCAUAAAGAACCACAAGACGCCACUACACUAUAUUGCAAUGUACAGCAAGAGUGUGGAGGCGACACAGCUCCUCCUGGCUUACGGCGCCAAUGCCUACAUGCAGGACAGCCAGGGGUGCACCGCCCGACAGCUGGCCGGCCCGUCCUCCGCCAUGGCCAAGGUGCUGGCAGCCCAUGAGAAGUGUCCACCUUCCCUCACCCAGUGCUGCCGGCUGGCCAUCAGGUCACAGCUGGGGCCCGCCAGACUGCAGCACAUCACCCAGCUGGAGGCGCCCUCAGUUCUGAUUGGCUUCCUACAGUAGUAAAUACACCCCUUUUAUUUUUUGCUAGUCUGUCAAAUUUAUAUAAAAAUUUUUAGGUUUAUUCAUAGGUAAAGCCCUUGUAUUACAUCAUAUAUGAGUUUUAUUAUUUUGUGUGUUUGAUUAUAAUAUAUAUAUAGUAUAUAUACAUAUAGUAUAUAUAUAUAUGUCAUUAUGUAACAUUUACAUGACACCUACUUCCGGGUGUACUUACCUGUAUUGACAGCAACACAUCAUUAGCAUUUACCCUGUACAUGUUAUUACUAGUGUGUGUGUGUGUGUGUGUGUGUGUGUGUGUGUGCAUGUGCGUGUGUGUGUGUGUGUGUGUGUGCAUGCAUGGGUGUGAUCCAUCUCCUGUGUUUCAAGUAUUUCUUAGUGUCCUGCCUCACAGUCAAUGGAGUGUCCAUUAUAGAGGAGAAUACUGUCCAUCCUUGUUGGGAGCAUCUCCUGUGCAGGGAAAACUGUCUUUCCUGUCUUAAAGAAGCUUUCUCUUCCAAACACAGUGUGGUUUCUCUUCCUUGAACACACUGCACCUCAUAUGAAUGCUCAUAAUCAUUAAUGUGUACUUUUGUUGUUGGCCUGUGUGGCACGUGGCGUGUGGCAGGGAACACGGUCCACCACAUGCUGCAUGGCCAGGGUGGAAGAAUGCUGCCUCUGUAAUCCCUGUGUGUCAUGAGGUGUGAUAGGAAGGGUGGAGUGAGGGAAUUGGAGACCCUCCCCUUAGUAUUUUAAUUCCCGUACUGAGACAAGGCAUGAUGUCUUGUCAGCUCCGUCUAAGGGGGAUGUCAACCUGAGAUACAGUACAGUAUAUAGAGUUAUCAUUCAAAAAAA